GUACGAGAGUCUGGUGGACACAAUAGGAAAAAAAUUUCAGAAAUCUAAGCGAAAAUUCGUUAGUGAUAGCAGUUCGGAUAGCGAAUUAGACGAAAAUUCGUUAACGAAUAGAGCAAAGCGUGGUUUUUUAAAACCUAAAGUGGAUUAAAGUGUUUUUCAAUUUAUUUUUAAAUGGCGUGUGAACCAAACAGUCUUGCAAAUUUAUAUCAAGAUCAAGAAGAAGUCGCUAAAAGAUUUUCUAGAAUAGUGUAUAAAGUUGUCAAUGACGUAAGUUUUAAUCGCGACAGUUUUAAACAGCAUGAUUUACAUUUAUGUGAAGCGUAUUGUUUACUUUGGCAAAAUGCUGUGACCGGAGAGGUUGAUGGAAGGCUCUUUGGUAUUCAACUCAAGAUAGGAGCUUUUGCGGCUCUUUUCAUCGAUUUAUGUGCUGAAAAUCUCAUUGAGUUGUAUAUGCACGAAAAUGAUGACGAACCACAUUUUCGUUUAAUUGACAAAAACAUAAAUAAAGUUAUUUCUGUUUUUCUUAAAAUAUCCAUAUUUGACGCGUUGAGGAACGCAAAAAUGCAUGGCAAGUUGCGGGAAACAGUAUUGUGGAAAUGGUUAAUUCGUGCAGUAGAUGCAGAUUGUGUUGAGUUGGCUUUUGAGAGUCUAGUUGCUCGCGGUAUUUUAGAUGAACAGCCAUCUGGCGUAUUUGGUAUUUUUAAGCGCUUUCCCACAAUUAAUCCGGAGCCAGAGCUAAAAUUGGAAAAAUUGAUACAGAAUAUCGCAUUUGGUUUUGUUUUUCCAGACAACUAUAUGCUGGCGUUGCUUGUUCUCGCGAGAGAGUCGGAUCGUAUUUUUUUAUGUAAAGAUCCAAUUUUAAGCAAGCAUUUUUCUGUAAAAGAGUACGAAUCAGCAAAAAAGAACCUGGACAAAAUUAUUUCUUUACAUAUCAAGUUUGAUAGCUGAAUAUUUUUAUAAAAAAAAAAAAAAAUUUAUAAAACAAUUUGAG